AUGGUGGAACUUCUCGAGAGGCAAGACGAGCACGAAAGAAAGCUAUGGGAGGAGAAACUCGAGGCUGAGCUACGUAUGACACAACAGAAAAUGGAAAUGGAGAAAUCAGCCCGAGCAACGACUGCGAAACUGCCGAAAUUAAAGAUAACGCCGUUUAAAGGUACACCAACGGACUGGGUACGUUUUGAGAACAUAUUUUUGACACAAGUGCACGAAAAACCGAUAACAGACGAGGAGAAAUUUGGGUAUCUAUUAGAAAUGGUGUGUCAAAAAGUCAGGGAUAAGAUUGCUAAUUUAAAACCCAGCGGAGUGGGCUACAAAAUGGCUUGGGACAGACUUAAAAAGGAGUACGGACAAACGAAAUUGGUAGUUAACUCUCACGUAAACGAAAUUGUUAGUCUGCCUGUGGUAAAAGGAUACAAUUACACAAAGAUUCGUGAGUUUUACGAAGCGCUGAGUAGGAACUAUGAGGCGUUGUUGACAUUGGGUGAAGGUGACAUGUUAAAAGGAUUUGUGAUGACGACUAUCAAUAAGUUACCUCAAGUGAAGCCAGAUCUUGUACGUACGGAUGAAGAGUGGAAAAACUGGGACAUGGGAGGUCUUAUUGAUGAAAUUCGUAAAUGGUUGAGCAGACACAAGGUGGAUCCAGGAGAAACCCGAAAAGAGGGUAUGUGGUUUGAAUCAAAGGGAGGUAAGUCAACUACUCCUGUAUGUACCUUUUGUAAGAAGGAUCACUGGGGAAGUGAUUGUAAGACGGUUGUAACAUUAGAAGCAAGAAAGAAGUUUUUUGUUGACAAUCAACUGUGUUUCAACUGUGGCAGGCGUGGGCAUAGAGCCAAUAAAUGCCACAGUCGAGGUUGUGUGAAAUGUAAAGCCAGGCAUCAUACCAGUCUCUGUGACAAAGAAGAUGAUGCUGGUAACUCAGUAUUCACAGGAUAUACAUCACCAGUUGAAGGUCAAACACUUCCACCAAUGAUACCUGUUAAUAUAAAGGGUGGGACCCUUUGGGCCUAUUUGGAUUCUGGAUCAAGUCGCAAUUUUAUUUCGAGUGAAACAGUUAGAAAGUUAAAGUUAACCCCAGUCCGGCAUGAGACACGUCAGAUAGUCACCUUAAGCGGGACUACAAAACAGGCCUUUCCAAUUUUUGAAGUAACCAUCACAUCACUUGAUGGGAAGGCAAAUGAAAAAAUCGAGUUGACUGGCAGUAAUAUGCCUGACUUUACAACAGUUAAGCGGCCAAACCUGGUAGAUCUAAAGUCGAAAUACAAACAUAUUACCGAUAAGAAAUUUUAUAUGAAGCAUGGAGAUGAGUAUCAAAUGCAUGUCAUUAUUGGAGAUACCACGUACUGUAGAAUUAAAACAGAAGAAGUUUUCAAGGGCGAACCAGCUGACCCCAUAGUCGAGGGUACUACGUUCGGCUGGAUAAUCCAUGGUGGGGAGUUUCCUAGUGACAGGUGUUGGUUUUCUAGGGAGUUUCAGGACUGCCACCAACUCUACAGUUUAGAUGUACUAGAGGUAGAAGAUCGGGGGGAGAACAGUCAACUUGAUUUACACAAGGAGUUUAAGGAAAACAUUGUGCAAAAUGAGAAUGGAAGAUACGUAGUGAAGGUCCCUUGGAUCCCUGGAAGUCAUUUAAACGAGACGAACGAAGCCCAGAGUAAAGCUCGGUUAAGGCGAGUAGAGAAGAAGUUGGAAAGUGAUGCAGGCCUACGUAAGGAUUACGAGAAGAUCAUUGUUGACCAAGUGAUGGCUGGUAUUAUAGAAAAGGCUCCGACAACACCUACCAGGGAACGGGUAUAUUAUAUGCCUCACAAGCCCGUCAUUAAGCAAAACGCCACUACGACGAAAACUCGGAUGGUUUUUGACGCGAGCGCCAAACCACAGCCAACAUCAAACAGUAUCAACGAAUGCAUGUACCCAGGCCCCCCUUUACAACCCCUGCUUUGGGACAUACUGGUGCGAGCGCGGAUGUCACCAUAUUUAUUGAUAGGAGACGUUGAGAAGGCAUUCCUACAAAUUGGUCUCAGUGAGGAAGAUCGGGAUGCUUUUCGCUUUAUCUUCAACAUCAAUGGGAAGGAUGAGUUGUUUCGGUCCGCACGAGUACCGUUCGGAGUCGAAACAAGCCCCUUUAUGUUGGGUGCGACUUUAGAACAUCAUUACGACCAGCAACCUGAGACAUUUCGUGAUACUGUGAGCAGACUCCGAGAAAACACAUAUGUCGAUAAUCUGAUGAUGAUUGGGGCGGAAAUUCAAGACCUUCAGAAAUUCAAAAGAGAGGCCACAGAAAUGUUAGAGAGUGGGAAAUUCCCAGUGCACAAAUGGGAGAGCAACAUAUCAAGCCUUGAGAGUGAAAACAUGCCGAAUCCGGGAAGGAUAUUAAAACAUGUUUGGGAUAAGACUAAGGACACGCUCAAGAUCCAGGUGCAACGAGACGAGGAUGCAAGAUUAAUGAAAAAAACUAUUCUUAGUAACUUGGGGAGAGUUUAUGACCCGUUAGGAAUAAUUUCACCUACAAUGGUCGAGGGGAAACGUUUAUAUUGA